AUGGCAGAUCCGCUACCUCCACACUCGACAGGUGUCCCUGGGCGUGUCGCCAACAUGCUCCGGCCCUUCGAGCGUCCCAUCAGCUACCUCGUCCGCGCCGGGAGGGCCGCCUCCUACCCUCUCCGAGGCAUCUGGUAUUUCUUGCGCAACCCCGAGUUCUACCCUCUGCUGCGCGGCCGCCUGAUUCCGCUUACCAUCAUUUCCAUCCUGGUCUACGUCAUCCUCUUUACUUUCGCCUUCCUACCACAGCUCGCGCUUCUCGCCAUCUUCCAGGGUCGGAGCGCCUGGUUGAACGCCACCAUCUUGGUGCUGGGCGAGGGUCACGUCCUGAUCCAAGGCCUGUUUGAGGGAUUCUUUGUCGACGAAGCCAGAGUCGACGUUUUUGAUGCCACACUGAUCAAAUGUUCUCACACCAACCUCGUCGCCCCCCACCGAAUCCUCUACCCCGAUGCCCCCAACGCUGUGAAGAUGCUAGGCAAACCGACCACCUCGGCCGUCUACACACCCUGGAGCGUGAUCCAGAUCGUCGAAAUGAUCGUCUUCCUGCCUCUCAACUUCAUCCCCAUCGUAGGGGCGCCCGCCUUCAUCAUGAUCACCGGCACCAGACUGGGCAAACUGGCCCACUACAGGUGGUGGACGCUGCGGGGUCUCAACAGCAAGGAGAGGAAGAGGGAUGCCAACUCCCGCUUGUGGGAAUACGUGUGGUUCGGCACCGUGGCCAUGAUCAUGGAGCUCAUUCCCGUCUUUGCUUUCUUCUUUCUCUUCACUACCAGUGCUGGCGCUGCGUUGUGGGUGGCCAGGUUGGAGGACGAGAGCCGGGGGGAUGAUGCCCAACCCGUGGACGACGAACGUCGCGACACUGAUGACCACCCGCCUCCUCCACCCUACCAGGACGACCCGGUGUGA